AUGGAUCUGACGGUGAAGCUAAUGCUUCUUGAAGAAUCUUUGCCAGAUUCGAGCUCCGAGUCCGAGAGUGAAAUCAUGGACGUCGAAGAAGACGAGGUGAUGUCGAUGGUUGCUGAAUGGAUAACAUCAACCAACGUGAAGACCAGCCUGAAGCCGUGGCCUCGCCUCGCCGUCGACCCGGACCUCCCUCGCCGGCCUGCUUCUUCUCCGCCGUCGUCCCCGUCGACCACCCCGACCCCCGCUGCCCCCGUCCCUACGAAUCAUAGUGAGCCCCCCUUCCUCCUUUCCCCGCGGUCACCGCAGCUCACGCGCGCGCUCGCGCGUGGCCUUGCCUUGCUGCUGCUCCCCGUCACCUCUGCCUCGCGCACGUCGCCCUGCGCGCCCCAGACGCGCCCGGCUCGCGCCGCGCACUUGCACGCUGCCGUGCUCCGCGUGCCCCGUGCCCCUCUCGUUGCUGCCUCGCACCCCCUCUGCUCCCCGCGCCGACGUCCGCGCUCGUCGCACCCCUGUGCGCAUCCCCAGUCGUGCCCCACCACUGCUAGCCGACGGCCGCCAACUGCCCCGCGCCAGCACCCCCGCGACAACGGUGGCCGACCGCGCCUCCGCCGCCCUGUUCCCCUGCCACCGCAGCGCCCUGCUGCUGCCGCGCGGCCCCUGGCCGCCGGCGCUCGCGCCCGCGAGCCCCGUGGCUCUGCUCUGCUCCACCCCCCCCCGCCGCAUCGCCACCGCUCUGGAUCGACGUCGCCUGCCGUCGCCGUUGCCCUCUCGCCCCUCCUCUCCCUCGCGCAAGCCUGCCUGAAGCCGUGGCCUCGCCUCGCCGUCGACCCGGACCUCCCUCGCCGGCCUGCUUCUUCUCUGCCGUCGUCCCCGUCGACCACCCCGACCCCCACUGCCCCCGUCCCUACGAAUCAUAGUGAGCCCCCUUCCUCCUUUCCCCACGGUCACCGCAGCUCACGCGCGCGCACGCCCGCGCUCGCGCGUGGCCUCGCCUUGGUGCUGCUCCCCGUCACCUCUGCCUCGCGCACGUCGCCCUGCGCGCCCCAGACGCGCCCGGCUCGCGCCGCGCACUUGCACGCUGCCGUGCUCCGUGGCCUGCGUGCCCCGUGCCCCUCUCGUUGCUGCCUCGCACCCCCCUCUGCUCCCCGCGCCGACGUCCGCGCUCGUCGCACCCCUGUACGCAUCCCCAGCCGUGCCCCACCACUGCUAGCCGACGGCCGCCCCCUGCCCCGCGCCAGCACCCCCGCGACAACGGCGGCCGACCGCGCCUCCGCCGCCCUGUUCCCCUGCCAGCGCAGCGCCCUGUUGCUGCCGCGCGGCCCCUGGCCGCCGGCGCUCGCGCCCGCGAGCCCCGUGGCUCUGCUCCGCUCCACCCCCCGUUAA